GCGACUUUGUUGCGACGAUGGUCAAGCUUCCGCCCGCUGUAAAGCAUCUCCUUGCGCAACGAAACCCACAGCCGUUUGCCAGUCCACCAGUCGGCGUGCUGAACAGGCUGUUCCGACGUACCCGCACAGAGGCGCAACAACACAACGCAGUGAACGGCUGGCUUGUUCUUUCUACUUGUACACUGUUGACGGCGAACACUCCGGAUGCCGUAGGUGACCUCUAUCGGUUUGCGACGCGUGAUGUUGCUUUCAGUGCGCGUUUGGAUGCGGCGGCGAAGAUGAGAGAGGCGGCGUUGAAGAGUAGUAUCUUCAUUGGUGUGCCGAGGACAAUCCUGUCCCUAGCAGCAAUGACAGAAGCGUUCGGUGACGAGGUACGCAGCGGUCUUCGUAGGGAACCGCGCAGGUCCGUCAAUUCUACGAACGUCGAUGAGUUCUUGAAGCGUGGACAAACACUCUGGAACAACAUCUACGAUCCGCAUGCGGAGAAGCUAUACAAUAAGCUCGGGUCUUACCAUCCUGACUUCAUCACGUUCAUUAUCCAGUCAUACGGCUGUGUACUCGCACCAUUCGACUACCCCGCCCCUAAGUCGGAAGAACAGGGUAACCUUACCCGCGCACUCGGUUCCGUCGUUGGGAUCGCUUGUCUGCGCGCGGAGAUGCACGUUGGUCCGCAGUUGAUAAGCCACGUUUUCGGACUGCUCAAAGCUCGCUCCGAACCGGAGCUGAGUGACGAAGACAAAUGGCUUAGUAGCGACGAAGGAACGGAGUGGGUUUUGAGGACUGUUGAUCAGAUAUAUGAUGUGGCUCGUGGUGAGGUGAGUGUGGUUGAGGCGAAGUUGUAGGAGGAGUCGUGUAUAUGAGCUUUCGGUUCGUAACAAACGGUACACAAGGAGAUAGAAAGACAAUGGAACACAAACGACUCUGGUUUGAUUUUUAUAUGGGGUUUUAC